AUGGCAGCCAUGAAUUCUAGUGUUUUGGCAUGCAACUAUGCCAUUUCAGGCACUGCGUCAUCUGAGCUCUCAAAGUUGGCUUCAGUGCCUUCAGCUGUAUUCCCAACUGUGUCUGGUCCUAAGUUGCCUGUGAUCAGAGCCCAACGAGCUAAACCUGCCUCUGAUUCCAAAGCUGAUGGAAGAAGAGCUGCCAUGCUUUGUCUUGCUGCCACACUUUUCACCACUGCUGCUGCUGUUUCCUCUGCCAAUGCUGGGGUCAUUGAAGAAUACCUUGAAAAGAGUAAAGCUAACAAGGAAUUGAAUGACAAGAAGAGAUUGGCCACAAGUGGUGCUAAUUUCGCAAGAGCAUACACAGUUCAAUUUGGCACAUGCAAGUUCCCUGAGAACUUCACUGGCUGCCAAGAUCUUGCCAAGCAAAAGAAAGUCCCAUUUAUCUCUGAUGAUUUGGCCUUGGAGUGUGAAGGAAAGGACAAAUACAAAUGCGGAUCUAAUGUGUUCUGGAAAUGGUGAAGGGCAAAGGUUUGUCUUUAAACUUUCCCUUUUCCAACAUGUAUCUACUUGUCCCUGGAAGGAUUAAACUCAAUAUUUAUCAGAACUCUAAUUUUUCUGUC